AUGGCCUCGAUAUAUGGUUUUCCUCCGAUCCUCACCAUCACCAAGCAACUAUUUCAUCAGUUUGAAAGAGAUAUGACUGACCAACGCCCACACACAUGUGCUCUUUGUGGAAAAUCGUUCGCCAACACGUGCUUUUUACGGAGACAUGUCGAAUCUGUUCACUUGAAUCGUCGCCCCCACAUAUGCGAGCAUUGUGACAAAUCAUUUGCCAGAAACGACCAUCUAAAAAACCACCUUAGAUCUGUUCAUUUGAAGGAACGAAGGACGGAAAGUGCUUGACCUUGGGAUCAUACCUGCACCCCUCUUGGAGACCCCCAAUUUGAAUUUGUUUCACUCCACGACAGUUUCCAAAAUUUUGUUAACUUUAUAUUUUGUAAGUAAUUUUGUUUUUUGUUCGUUAUUAAACCACUUCAAGAUGUUAAUGCUGCACUAUUGUUCGAGAAUCUGUUUCCCAUUGCCGUCGUAUGAGUUUAUUUGUAAAGGCCCGCUAUUUUAAACUGCCGCAAUCCCGAGUGUGUGUAAAAUGCACCAAUAUCCACUAAGUACCCCACUACA